GUUUUCUUAACCAUUUCUCUACUCUUGAUCUCAGUAUGAGUUUAGUUGACGAAACAAAUUUUGUUACAAAUUUCCUUAGUUCUUUAUCAUCACGCCCCGUGAGAUAUCCUCAAGACUUUGCUCCUCCUCUUCAAACGCGUCAAAAGCCAACAGCAAACGCACUAUCUAGUAAAAGUAAAAAAUCAACAGGAAAAUCAAAUCAAGAAAUUUCACAAAACGCCGAACCUGCUCAAGGUAUUCCAAUUCAAGUAAAAAUUAAAUCACUUAAAGGAGGUCAAACAUUUACAGUCCAAUUAAAUAAUUCUGAUACGGUUAUUAAUCUUAAGGAAAAAUUGCAACCACUUGCUUCGAUUCCUAUUAAUAAUCAAAGAUUGAUAUUAAAAGGAAAAGCUUUAAUCGAUACUAAAACUUUAUAUGAAUAUGGUAUUAAUAAUGAUACCACAGUACAUUUAGUUCAAAAGUCUGGUAGUGCGUCAAUUAGUUCUUCUACUUCUGAUACAAUAUCAUCACCUGUUUCUUCAAGUUCAGCUCAAGAACCUCUUAGUUCUUCUGCUAUGGAAAAAUUGAAAGAUCCUCAAUUUUGGCGUGCUUUACAUACUUUUCUUCAAGGUGAAUUUUCUCAAAAUAAAGAUGCUAAUCGUGUCUUUCAAGAAUUUUCUAACAUUUAUAAAGAAUAUAAUGGAAAAUUUAUUGAAGACUUUGAUAAACAUACAAAAACUGAAUAGAAAUAUUAUUUUUUUAUAUUAGAAAUUAUCAUAAAUUUACUGUAUU